UGGGCCCGCGCGCCCGCUAUAAGAAACCGCGGCGACGCCGGGAGGGGGGCGCGCGGACGUUGGGAGGUGCGGUGAGGUGAGAGGUUGUGAGAGGCCGUGCGGAACAUGUGUGGGCGAACCUCCUGCCACUUGCCUCUGGACGUUCUCACCAGAGCUUGUGCCUAUCGCGACCGGAGGGGCCGGCCCAGGCUCCCCGAGUGGAGAGAAUCGGACAAGUAUUGCCCCUCCUACAACAAGAGCCCGCAGUCCCACAGCCCCGUGCUCCUGUCUCGGCUGCACUUUGAGAAGGAUGCAGACUCAUCUGAGCGUAUCAUUGCUCCCAUGCGGUGGGGCUUAGUCCCAUUUUGGUUCAAAGAAAAUGAUCCUUCCAAGUUACAGCUCAGCAUGUUCAACUGUCGUAGUGAUACCAUGAUGGAGAAAAAGUCAUUCAAGGUCCCUCUGGGAAAGGGAAGGCGCUGUGUUGUUUUAGCAGAUGGAUUCUAUGAGUGGCAGCGAUAUCGGUGCACACAUCAGAGGCAACCAUUCUUCAUCUAUUUCCCCCAAGUCAAGACAGAGAAGUCAGGCAGCAUGGGUGCUGCGUACAGUUCUGAGGACUGGGAGCAAGUCUGGGACAACUGGAGGCUGCUGACAAUGGCUGGGAUCUUCGACUGCUGGGAGCCCCCAGAGGGAGGAGACCUCCUCUACUCCUAUACCAUCAUCACAGUAGAUUCCUGCCAAGGCUUGAAUGACAUCCACCCCAGGAUGCCAGCUAUAUUGGACGGGGACGAAGCAGUCUCUAAAUGGCUUGACUUUGGUGAGGUCUCAACUGAGGAAGCUCUGAAGUUAAUCCAUCCAACAGAGAACAUCACCUUCCAUCCAGUGUCUUCUGUGGUCAGCAACUCACGGAACAACACUCCCGAGUGUCUGGCUCCUCUCCACUUGGUGAUGAAAAAGGAGAUCAAGGCCAAAGGCAACAGCCAGAAGAUGUUGCAGUGGCUGGCCUCAAAUUCACCCAAAAAGGAAGAACCAAAAACACCUGAAAAGGAGGAAUCGGAGGUGCCCCAGUGGUCCAGCCAGUUCCUACCAAAGGCCUCAUUCCCCACCAAGAGAGGCAGAGCAGCAAAGUCCUCAUUCCCCCUCAGGAGAGACGGUGCAGGGGCCCUGGAGCGAUGGCUGAAGCAGGAGGAGGAGGAGCAGCCCGUGGCUAAGCGGCCUCAUAGCCAGCACUAAAUACUACUGCUGGUAACAGGUUCUUGCAUUGUGUGCUUCUUUGUGUUAAUUGAUGGUUGUGGGCUCAUGAGGAAGUGGCUAACCUGGCUGUGACGAGGCACCCCAGGGAGGCUGUUGGGCAGCUGCCAUCACUGAACCUCUGGGCCCCCUGGGCUGCCUUUUCCUGCUAGGGCUAGCAGAGCCUUCCUCCAAGCAGGUCUCUUUCGGGGUGCUUAGCCCUCGUCUGGGGCCUCUAGCAGCAGGCUGUUCUCUGCUCAGCCUCUGGUCUCUCUCUGUGUUCUACAAUUAAGUUCUUGAAAUGUUUUUAUCAGAAUAAAUUCUAUUUGGUAAACCUCUACCUACAUUAUGGAAAAUGAUGCUGGCGGGCGAGCGGGUCGAGUUCCAGAUCUUACCCAGUCUUCUGGCAUAAGUCUUAAGGAAUAGAUUCUUUCACACAUGGUACACUGGGGCUUGGUGAGGAAUAAAACUAAAGAAGCUUUGGGUGCUGUGGCCCGGGAGAGCAGUGGAGGAUGGCCCAAGUGCUUGGGCCCUGCACCCGCAUGGGAGACCAGGAGAAGCACCUGGCUCCUGCCUUCGGAUCAGCGUGGUGCGCUGGCUGCAGCAGCCAUUGUGGGGUGAACCAACGGCAAAGGAAGACCUUUCUGUCUCUCUCACUGUCCACUCUGUCUGUCAAAAAAUAAAAAUAAAAAAGAAGCUUUGGGGAGGGUUCUUGUUGGGUCUCUUCUCUCUUAAUACUUGGAAGUUGUCUGAAUCCUUUAGCUGAAAACCAGCCCGAGUUGAGUGCCUGUCACACAGAGGCCAAGACCUCCUUGGCAUAGGGAACAGGGGGCUGCAUUCUGAGGACGAGGAUCUGAGGCUGUGGGAGAAACUGCCCACCUGCUCCAGCCUGGCCAGAGCCCCAGCGACUGCUCUGCGGGCUCCCCUGUCUUUCCUCUGGACGCAGAGGCACUUUACGGCUAAUUCGGUACUUAUUUUCUCUUCUGUUGUCCCUCAUCCCAUCUGGACCAUUAGUUCCAUGAAAUCAAGAACUGCCUUUUUGCCGUUUUCCCCCAGUGUUAAUAAUUGGUGUGCAAAUAUUUGUUACAUGGGUCCAGCGCUGUGGCACAGCGAGUGAAGCUGCCAUCUACAGCACUAGCAUCCCAUAUGGGGCUGGUUCCAGUCCUGGCUGCCCCAUUUCCCAUCCAGCUCCCUGCUGAUGGCCUGGGAAAGCAGUGGAAGGUACCCCAAGUCCCUGGGCCCUCACACCAACGUGGGAAACCCGGAAGGUGCCCCGGGCUCUGGCUUUGGCCUGGCCCAACCCCGCUCCUUGGGACCACUUGGGGAGUGAACCAGCAGAUGGAAGACCUCUUUGUCUCUUCUCUCUCCUUCUCUAACUCUGCCUUUCAAAUAAAUAAAUCUUUUCCAAAAAAAAUUCUUUGUUCCAUGGAUUUGAACACUUCCUGUGUGCCCAGUCCUUUGCUACAGCAGGGUCUGACACGUUAAUUGCCAGGCACCACAACACGCAAUUAAGUACUUUUGUGUCCUGCAAAGUGGCCCAGAACUGUAGCAGCUGGGACUGCCCCGCAGUGCCGCUCCCGCACCCCUUCCG